AUGUCUAAUAAAUCUGAUCGAAUUCCUCGAGUAUUAUCAAUUCAAAGUCAUGUUGUUCAUGGAUUUGUUGGCAAUAGAUGUGCUGCUUUUAUUCUUCAGCUUUAUGGUUUUGAAGUUGAUAUUAUCAAUUCUGUCCAUUUUUCCAAUCACACUGGAUAUAAAACAGUGAAAGGUAGUCGAUUAACUGCUGAUGAACUUCGAUCUAUAUUUCAAGGCUUACUAGCAAAUGAAUUAUUAGAAUAUGACUAUAUUCUUACUGGUUAUAUGGGUUCUGGUGAAUUACUACAUGUAGUCGCUGAACAUAUUCGCUUAAUCAAAUCUAAAUCACCUCAUAUUAAAUAUAUCUGUGAUCCUGUUAUUGGUGACGAUAAUAAAUUAUAUGUCGAUCAAUCUUGUAUUGAAAUUUAUAAAAAUGAAAUUCUUCCAUUAGCUGAUAUAAUUACACCGAAUGAUUUUGAAAUUGAAGUAUUAAUCGAUAAACAAAUUAAUUGUACUGCCAAUGAUAAUCAAGAAGAAAUUAUUUGGCAAUCAUUAAGAAUUCUACAUAAUAUGGGCCCAUCUCAUAUUAUUAUUUCAAGUAUAUCAGCAGCUAAAACAGGUGGAAAUCAAACUGUAUUACAAAUGAGAGCUAGUACAAAACUUGCAGAUAAUCAAUAUCAAACAUUCCAAAUUAAUUUUCCACGUUUAGAAAGUUGUUUUACCGGUACAGGUGAUUCAUUUUCAGCUUUAAUUCUUGCAUGGUAUCAUAAAGAAAAUGAUUUAAUACGUGCUUGUGAAAAAACUGUUUCUAUUCUUCAUCAAAUUUUAUUAAAAACAAUGGAAAUAUCUAAACCAAUUAAUAUUCAUAAUAAAGUUGGUCGUGAAUUAUGUUUAAUUGAAAGUAAAACAAUUAUUGAAUCAGCUGAAAUACUUUUUCAUGCUGUUCUUAAUGAUAAACAUAUCAGUAACUAA